CUGCCCUUCCGCGCUAGAUGCUGCGGAGGCCGCCCGGGAGCAGCCCACGCUCCGCGCUCCGUCACCCACCGCCGGCAUCAUCCGGCCACCGGUACCGGGGGCAGCUCUGCAUCCCCCGGGGCAGCGCGGCGCGGAGAUGGUACCGCUGGUGCGGAGCGCCGGGGGCUCCCACCAGUGGCUGGCGAUCGUUUUCCUCGGCCUUUGCUGGUUCCUGCCUGCCGGGAGAUUCGCCGCUCCCGGGGGAGAAUAUCCCGGGGGCACCGUGGACAAUCUGGUGGUGAGGAAGGGGGACACGGCAGUGCUUAGGUGUUACUUGGAAGAUGGAGCUUCAAAAGGUGCCUGGCUCAACCGGUCCAGUAUCAUUUUUGCUGGCGGCGACAAGUGGUCGGUAGAUCCCCGCGUUUCCAUCGCCACCGCCAACAGGAGGGAGUACAGCCUGCAGAUCCAGGACGUGGACGUGACGGACGACGGCCCCUACACCUGCUCGGUGCAGACUCAGCACACCCCCAGAACGAUGCAGGUGCACCUAACUGUACAAGUUUCUCCCAAGAUAUUUCGUAUCUCGAGUGACAUCGUGGUGAACGAAGGGAGCAACGUGACCCUGGUGUGCCUGGCCACGGGGAAGCCCGAGCCCUCCAUCUCCUGGAGACACAUCUCUCCCUCUGCCAAGCCCUUUGAGAGUGGGCAGUACCUGGACAUCUAUGGCAUCACCAGAGACCAGGCUGGGGAGUACGAGUGCUGCGCAGAAAACGAUGUCUCGGUCCCAGACGUGAGAAAAGUCAAAGUCACAGUGAACUUUGCCCCCACAAUUCAGGAACUUAAGUCCAGCGGUGUGGUGCUUGGAGGGAACGGACUGAUACGGUGCGAAGGUGCAGGAGUUCCUGCCCCGGUCUUUGAGUGGUACAAAGGAGAGAGGAAACUGAUCAAUGGUCAACAAGGAAUUACUAUUAAAAAUUAUAGCACAAGAUCACUUCUUACUGUUACCAAUGUGACAGAAGAGCAUUUUGGCAACUAUACAUGUGUCGCUGCCAACAAGCUAGGGACGACCAAUGCCAGCCUGCCUCUCAACCAAAUUAUUGAGCCUACUACCUCUAGUGCUGUCUCAAGCCCAGCUCCCAGUACGGCCCAGUACGGGAUCACCGGUGACGCCGAAGUCCUCUUCUCCUGCUGGUACCUUGUGUUGACACUGUCCUCCCUCACCAGCAUAUUCUACCUGAAGAACAUCAUUCUGCACUAAGUGUAAAGACCCAUAAAAGGCUUUUAAGGAUUCUCUGAAAGUGCUGAUGACUGGAUCCAAUCUGGUAGAGUUUGUUAAAAGCAGCGUGGGAUAUAAUCAGCAGUGCUGACACGGGGAUGAUCGCCUUCUGUAGAAUUGCUCAUUAUGUAAAUACUUUAAUUCUACUCCUUUUUUUUGAUUAGCUGCAUUACCUUGUGAAGCAGUACACAUUGUCCUUUUUUAAGACGUGAAAGCUCUGAAAUUACUUUUAGAGGAUAUUAAUUGUGAUUUCAUGUUUGUAAUCUACAAGUUUUCAAAAGCAUUCAGUCAUGGCCUGCCGAGUCGCAGGCCGGAGUUUACAAAAAAAAAAAAAGAAAUAUUGCAGUAAAAAUGUGCUUCUUUAAGGCUGCAAUACAAACAUUCAGUUCCCUUCUUCAAGAGCAUUCUCUCCACAUUUACACAGAAACAUUUUUUUCUUUUUUGAUAUAAAAAAAUAUCAAAUACUAUUGCCUUCAAAAUAUUUCUUCAGAAUAUUACACAUAUCUAGAUUUUCUUCUAGCAUGAUAUUCAGGUUUCAAGAAUGAGCCUUGUAUUAUAACUGCAUUGUGCAGUCCUGCUUUCCCUUUCCUUUCCUUUCUCCUGCCAAGUCAGCAUGGGUGUGCCUUCAUAAACCACGACUUUCCUCUUCCUCUCCAACCAUUCUGGAAUGUGUUUUGGGAAAUGCUAACGCAUCCUUUUGAGCAUAAGAAAUCUCUAGUUGAGGAUAAAGGUGCUACUGGCUAAAAGGAAAAACCUCCUCUCUCAUCUCCAGGGGGUCAUCAAACUGCUUCAGACUUAAUGUUUUUAGGCAAUCAGUCAAGGAAAGCACCAACUCCUUCUUGUGUUUUCCAUCUACCACCACUAACCAGUAGCUGAUCUCUGUCAGAACUAGUUUUCCCAUUGCAAAACAGAACACAAAUUAUUUUGAGACAUCUUUUGAAUGUAGGAAUGUUUUCCUUAGUCAUCCUAAAUCCAAAUUCCUAAAUGGCUGUAAAUGUGAGAAGCUCAAUAGUCCCUUUUGUAUUACUGGCAAAAACUAUGUGAAUUGGUAUUUUUCUUGCACUUAAUUUUGUACUGGUUUGGCUAAUUUAGCAAUGAUAAAGGAUGCUUUUAAAUAUUAGAUACCUGAAAAUACAUGAGAUAUCAAGCAGAAUUUUAUAUAUAUACAUAUAUAUAUAAAAUACAUAUCUAUAUUAAAACGAGGUUGCUCCAAUGACUGCACUGAGGUGCCUGUUGCUGUCCGUGGUAGAAUCCUCUUUACAGACAGGACAUCAACUCCCGCUGCACUAACACUGUCCAACCCUUUUGCCACCACAGCCAGUCCCCAGACACCAUUCCCUUCUCCUGCAGUCCAUCAGGACAGCUCCCGUUUCACUCAGUGGAGGAUCAGGUGUCUCAGUAGCACAGGACACUGCUGACUUUCUUAUUUAAAAGAGCUCAGAGCAGCAUUAAGGCAAAACAUUGCUCACAGUUUACCACUGAUUUACAAACACCUUCUGUGUAAACUGCUUGGGCACGACUGUGGCCAACAGCCCUUGAGUGCCAGAUGCCCUGGGGACCCAAGUAGAUCUUGACUUCCCUACAAAACAACUCCUGGUGACAAGAAUAAGAAGCCCAUCACGGAUGUUCCCAUCCCUGUGGCUUGGACACGAGCUGCAGUAGGUGAGACCAUUCUUACAGUGCAGCCCAGGGUUUGUAACAGCACCAGAGCAGCACUGCGUGUCCUCAGAGCUUUCCAGGUCACUCAUGGACACCCCAGGAUUUGGAAAAGCAGGUGCUGAGCUCCCCUGGGCUCAACAGACACUCUCCCAUCCUAACAUGUAGUCAGGACGUGCAGUGGAUCUGGGGUAGCUACUGGUAAAGGGUGUAAACAGAACUACCUUGACUCCAAACCAUGACAACAACAUUUCCUGGGUCACUCUGCGUCUGGUCAGUGAUGGAUCCUACAAUUUCUACCUGAUCAUUUACAGCUCAGCAGUUACUAUUUUCAGAAGCGUGGCAUAUUUUUUUUAAACCUUGAAUAACAUGACAAAAUUCAUUCUUUAAGGAAAUAGUAUAAACCCAACUCAAAUGAUACUAUUCACAGUCCCAAUAUUCUGCUCUCUCUUGUAUUGCAGCUUUAAAGUGCUAUAUUUUCAAAUCCAUUGGCUAGAAACAGUGGUGCUGCAGAAAGUAUUGAGCCAGUGCAGGUUUCUGAGCACAGGAUACACACGGCCCAACUCAGCUGCCUCGUCUCAAAUAAAAUUGAGAGCUGUUUCUAUACUGUGACUGGAUCAAAUUCUGUAUUUUGAUGAUAUAUUUCAUUGCAGUGGUUCCUGAUAUCUGGAACCUGGUAUUUCCAGCAACAGAAUAGAACAAACAGCAGCUUUAUUAACUACAGGGAAAAAAAAAAAAAAAGUAUUGACUGUUGGCUUUCCUACCAGGCAGAGCCACAGGAAAACACAGGCAAGAUAUUCAGUCCUAUCACUGAAUUUUCACUUAAAUCUGGGGGGACAUAAUUAUCCAUAGGAUGCUAGAACGACAGGUUGGAAGGCACCUCAAGGAUCAUCCUGUCCAACCUUUCAAUCUGAAUUGUAGAUUCCAAAAAGAAACAAAACAAAGCCCCCAGACCCUUCCAGGUGCCAAUGGUGUUUCUUAGCUGAAGUAGGUGCUUGCCCUUGGUCAGGCCUGGGUGUUGAGUGUGGAGGGAGUGUGUGUUUGUGUGCAGGGCUUGGUGGGACAGGAUGGUCCACAGUGCCCAGGGGGGUUGCAGCUCAGCUCAGCCCUCUGCCCCCCAGAGAUGCAGCUGCACGUAGCUUCAUGCACCCAUCAGUUCAACAGGCAUAGGACAGAGAGCCAAAUGACCUUAAUUUUUGCAGGAUUGGAGCUGUAGGUGGUGUUGAUCAAAUAAAGAAACGUGGUUCUUGGUGAAUCUGUUCCAUGUGGUAAACUGGGAAUUGUACAGAUUGGGACUUAACUGGGACAUGCUUCCAAAAGGGGUGGUGCAGACUGCUGCAAAUUGAGCACAGCAUCUUAUAAAAUCCACUGCCCUUUAAUCUGUGGGUGUGUUUGCUUUAGGCAGCUGCUGGAAGGUAUGUUCUGUGCUUCUGCAAAGGAUUAACCCAUACUGUUCAUAUCUGUCGGGCAAAUAUUAUUAUAUUUAUUCCCACCUUUCAAACGUGACAAAUAAAUGGCUUAGCUCCAAGCAGUACAACUGAAUAUUUAUAUCCAGACUGUUGUCCCCCCUGGAGCCCCUAGAGUCUGUAACACCCAAGCUCCUCCCUGUGCCAUAACUCAGGUCUGCCGUGGCCCCAGUGCCACACACAGGGGCAGCCCUGCUCUGAUCACACAGUUACUGCUCCUGGUAUUUUACUAAUACUGAAUUAAGGGAUGUCUCACAACCUCUUGCACAAAUGCAGUUUCUCAAGGGUUUAAAACUUGGCAGGAAAUGUAUCCUUCAUAGCUAGACAGUUUUUUAAAAACUUUUCAAUAUAUAUAUAUUUUUAAAUUUUUUUUUUAGAAACUCUGCUGUUUUUAAGAUACAGGAGUGUUAAAAACCAUCACCAGUAAAAGCUGCUUAUUUGCACAUUUUCAGAGCUGGCAUUCUAGACAAACAAUGAGAAAUGUGAUGCCUACCAAAAUCUUUGCUUAACCCACGUAGCUGUGUUAUGAAGGGUGUCUGUACCAAAGUAAGUAUUUACACGGAUAAACAAGAUGCCUUAAAGACUAAAUAUGCAUUUACUUCUAGGGCUGGGUUAGGCUUGUGCCCAGCCUGGAGGUAAAUAACCCAUAUUGCAUAGCCUGACAUGGAGGGGUUUGUUUCUUUGAAGAAAGAAAAAAAAAAAAAAAAAGAAAAAAGGGAUAUUAAAAAAAUAAUAAAAAAAGAAAAAAAGGCAUUUCUUUUAAAAGAAUCUUAAAUAAUUUAAAAAUUCUUGCAUAAAUUGACACACAUGAGGAAGUUUAGGAAAAGGGUAAAUUUUAGCCUGACACCUCAGCCCUGGCAACGCGUCGCCUCACUGGCAGGGCCUGCCGGGGGUCUGAGGGUGUCACGGUGCUGCCAAGGGCUCCUCCUGUCCCCACUCCGUCCCCCUCCCUGUCCCCAUCCCUCUCCCCUUGCCUGGUCCCUUCCCGGGUGCCCUGAGGCAGGGCAGAGCCAGGUGCCUGGGUCCCCCAG